AUGGAGAGAACAUGCUAUUACUUUCCUGUAGGACUUUUAUUAGCCACUUCUAUGGUAGUCAUGGGCGCAGCCGAUAUCAGAACCGAUACAUCUGCCAUUGUAGCUUUAAGAGAUCACAUAGUUUCUGAUCCUCACUUAAUUUUGGCCAAAAAUUGGUCCAUUUCUUUUUCUGUUUGUGAUUGGAUCGGAAUUAUUUGUGAUUCUGGUCGUCAACGAGUAGUGGCCUUAAACAUCUCUAACAUGGGUUUUGCAGAAGGAAUGUCUCAUUUGCGUCGACUGAGUUUCAUGGCUUUAAGCAACAAUAAUCUCAUGGGAGAAAUUCCAUCAUGGUUGGGUAUCUUGGAUAGACUUCAAUACCUAUCCUUGAGAGAGAAUAAUUUUUUUGGUGAUCUUCCUACUAACAUAUGUGACAAUCUUCCAAAUUUAAAAGAGCUCGAUCUGUCUGGGAAUCAAUUGAGUGGCCAAAUGCUAUCAGGUUUAUCAAACUGCUCAGGACUCAAGUCAUUAAAUUUGUCAUCCAACCAGUUCAGUGGUUACAUACCAAAAGCGGUGGGGAAUUUGAAAAUGCUUGAGGAGCUACAUCUCGGUGAUAACAUCUUGAAAGGUAGCAUUCCGGAAGAGAUUGGCAAUCUCCAGAGCUUGAGGGUCUUGUCCAUAACAAGCAGCAAUUUGAGUGGAUCAAUACCCAGGGAAAUCGGAAACCUAACUAUGCUUGAAGGAGUAGAUUUUCGUAACAACAGCCUUACAGGUCCGAUUCCAAACGAGAUUGGCAACUUGCUCAAAUUGGAGAGCCUUAACUUGGGUGAGAGUAGCUUAAGUGGUUCGAUACCAGUUGCUAUCUUCAACAUCUCAACUCUGAGGAUGCUCGACCUUUUUUACAAUAAUUUAUCUGGCGUUCUUCCAUUAAAUAUGUGCCAUGGCCCACACAAUUUGGAAGAUAUUUUUCUUGGUUGGAAUAACUUCAGUGGAGCCAUACCCGUCUCUAUCUCAAACUGUUCGAAACUAACUGAAAUAUAUCUUCAUAGUAACAAAUUCAGCGGUCCAAUUCCCAAUUCCAUUGGAAAUUUGAGACGCCUCGAAAUUUUAGAUCUGUCUGCUAACAAUUUGACAAGUGAAUCUUCAUCCCCAGAAUUGGAUCUCUUCACUUCCCUCAAAGGUUGCAUCUCUUUACGGGUUAUCGCGGUGCGAGACAAUCCGUUAAAUGGGGUUCUUCCAAGAUCCAUCGGGAAUCUUUCUAUUUCUGUUGAAUCGUUGGGUGUAUGGAACUGUGGACUCAAGGGGAACAUUCCAGACAGCAUUGGAAACUUGAGCAAUUUAGCAUUUUUACGUCUAGGUGACAAUAGCUUGACUGGCUCAUUUCCAACUACGAUAUGGGGUUUGCAAAAGCUUUGGUAUUUGGAUCUUAUCAAUAAUUCCCUCAGUGGUUUGCUCUCUGGUGAUCUCUGUGGUUUGCAGAGUUUGGAGUAUUUACACCUAAGUCAAAAUCAGAUUAGCGGUUCAAUUCCAAGAUGUUUCAAUAAUCUUACAUCAUUGAGAUAUCUUGACAUAGCUUUCAAUAGAUUAACCUCUACUCUGCCAAUGAGCUUGUGGGAUCUUAAAAGUCUCGUGUAUGUCAACUUGUCGACGAAUUUCUUGAGAGGUCCUUUGGCUCCAGAGAUGGGAGAAUUAAAGAAUUUGACAAGGUUAGACUUGUCAAACAACCAGUUUUCAGGCAAAAUCCCCAUCACCAUUUGGAGUUUAGAGAGUUUGGAUCACCUUUCUUUUGGAGUUUAGAGAGUUUGGAUCACCUUUCUUUAGCAAAUAACAGUUUACAAGGAUCAAUUCCGGACAACCUUUGAAUUUGGGCCUAGAAAACUAGCCCAUUACAGAAUAACUUCUCUGGUUGGAAUCUCAACGUCUCAGAUACUUAAACUUAAACAUUUUUAUGGAAUUAAAUGGUAACUCGUGUAUUCUUGCUCUAUAAUA